AUGAGUGAACGAGGAGGACAGCCACCACCGAAAAAGCGGCGGACCAACGACCGGCAACGAUCGAAAAGUGCAGAUUUGACGGUGAAUAAUGAGUAUGAGGAUGUGGUUGAAAAACUAAAGGGAGCAGACAAAGAAUCGGCUGUGAAAGCGGCGAAAAAGCUGAAGCAGAUGCUGUCGAACGCCGCGAAAAUUGGCGGAUUCGUGGCGCAUCGCCGGAAUCUGGAAGAUUUAGUUUCAGUGUUUUCAAGGGAAACUGCAUUGCUAGGCACUUCGAUGUACCACGAAGACAUCCAUAGGUACUCUAUAAGUAUCCUUGCAAAUUGCUGUUAUAUCGAUAAAACGACGUCAACUGGGAAUCAAAUUCGACGAGCUUCUCGAAGUUUCCUAGAUCAAGCCGUCCGAAUCUUCGAAAGCACCACUUCCAACAUAGAAAUCCGCGUCGCGACGUGUCGAUUAAUCGGAAAUUUGUGCAAUAAUAAGGAGCUGGGACCAGUUGGCUGUCAAGCAACACGAUCCUUUUCGAUCGAAUCGCUCUUCUUCUAG